CGUUUCAAAAACACGAGCAGUUUCUUGCAGACAAGAUGACAUUUACUGGCUUAUUUUUCUUCUGUAUGCUGAUGGACAUGCUAACAGAUGCCCGAUCCAUCCAGGAUGGAGAUGAUCUCUAUGGGGAAGCUGCAGCCUUGCCCUACUGGCCCUUCUCAUCCAAUGAUUUCUGGUCCUAUGUGGAAUAUUUCCGGACCGUAGGAGCCUACAACAGGAUCAAUGACAUGGCCAGAGCCUUCUUUGCCCAGUUCCCUUUUGGGAGCCACCUUGGCUACCACGUGCAUGACCACGAGCAUUGAGUGCCUCGCUCAGCCUUGCCAGAGCUGCUGCCCAGGUGUUUGGGUGAGCACCUGCCUGCCACUGAACACACCUGGGCUGCCUUCACCUGCUUUGUGACACCAUGGUCACGUGCAGCAUUUUAUGGCUUCAGGACUCUCUUUUUUACCAUUUCUUGUAAAGGUGUUUGAGUGAACACCUGACUGCCAGCAAACACUGUGCCUCAGCCACUAAGUGACACUGUAGACACAUGCAGCAUUUCAGGCUUUGAAUUAAUCCUUUUUACAAUUUAUGCUUCUGUGUGAUACAAUAAACUUGUUCAUUCUGCUA